AUGAUAAAAAAUAAUUUAAAUAAUAUUUUAAGGAUUACUAAGAAAAAGGAUUUACAAAUAUAUAUAUGGACAAAAAGAAAAGUUAGUACACAACUAGAAAAUGAUAAAGAAAAUAUUAUUCAAUCAUUACUAGAAAAAUAUAAAAAUCUUAGAAAGGAUGAUAAAUUAAAAUUAAUAAAUAACCAUUUAGUGAAUAUUAAAGAAAAAGACAUAAAUGAAAUAUAUGAUUUCUGUUAUAAGAAAGAAGAAGAAAAAGAAAUACAAGAUGAGUAUGAAAACAAAAAGAAGCUAAAAAUAUUGAAGUUAAGAAAACCAGCUUACUUGCAACAAAGAAGAAUGAAAAAGAAAGUAAAUAAUAGUCUAACAAUAGAUAAUGAAUAUGAAGAAAACCUUUAUAUACACAAAGAGAAAGAAUUAGAAGAUAUAGAAAGAUAUACCCUUAUUGAAGAUUUAUAUAAAUCGUAUAUAUAUAGCAAAUCAUUUACAUUAUUAAAUCAUCAGUAUAUGACUAAACAUAAAAUAACAAAUGAUUUUGUAUAUUUAAUGAUAAAUACAAUAAGGCAAAGUAUUUUAGAAAAAAUAAAACCAACAUUAAUAAAUGAGUUUGCUGUUCAUAAAAACCCUUAUAUGCUUUUUAAAAAUGCUUUAUUUAAUUUUAUACUUCAUAUGUAUGUAAAAAAUCCAUAUGAAGAAACAUUGAUUGAAGAUUAUAUAAAUAAAAAGGUUAAUUUAAAUAUUUUAAAAAUAAAUAGUGCCAACGUUCCCGUUGAAGUAUAUGAACCCUUAGUUUCAUUCAGAGGAGAUAUUCAUUACAAUUAUGAUCUAAAAGAAAAAUUUAAUGAUAGUAUAGACACAUCAUUGAAUAUUAUAAAUUUUCUUACAAGUGAAAAGGAAAAACAAAAAAAUGAUAGAGAUUCAAUUAAUCAAAAAAUGAAUAAGAGAAAUGAUUUAAAAAAAAAAAAAACGACAAAGAUGGGAAAUGAAGAAAAAGAAACCGAUGCUGAAAGGCUUGAUGGAAUGAGUAAUGAAAAACGGGAUAUUAUAAAUGAAAUAUUAAAAAUUUUACCAGAAAAUAAAAAAUAUCACUUUGAUAAUUAUCCUUUUGAGAAUUUAAAGUCAUUUAAAACAAAUAUGAGAAAGAAAUAUAUUGGAGGUAUAAAGAAUAAUAAACCUUUAAAUAUAGAAGAUGAGGAAUUAAGUCAUAUGCGAUAUCCUAAUUUACAAUGUGUAUCACAUUCUUUACCAAAAGAUAUUAAAUAUAGAGAUAACGUUAUUCAUGCUAUUAAAGUAUUAGAAAGAUCCAAACAUUGGGAUCACAAAAGCAAAAUAAAAGCAAUAAAUACAUUAAUUGAAGUAUGGAAUAAUAUGCAUUCCAGUGACCACUAUGAAAAUUUAUUUGAUAAAUCCUUGCCUGUUAUAUAUUCAAAAGAUAUGCUAAAAAAAACAAAAACUAGAAAAGAAACUUAUAACAAAGGAUUAAAUUAUAUACAAUCAUUAACUACGCAGAAACCAUUAAAUAUGCGUUUAAAAAAAAAUUGA